AAAAUAAAUUAUAAAAUUAUUUUAUAAAUUUAUUCCUCCACACCAAUUGUGGUAACAGUAAAGGUCUCCUAUCACAGGACGACAGCGUUUAGGAGAAUUUUAGCCUACCUUAAAAGACUAAGAUCUCAUUUUAUUUGCUUCUCGAUUUCUGGCGGGAAUUAACCUCCGUCAUGUGGCUCUUGCUAUCUGCGACUAUCGUUUCUGUGCAGGGUAGGUGUUCGAUUAUUUGACCCAGUGGCCGCUUAAACUGUUUUUCAUUGCGGAUUCCACCAAUUGCAAUGAACCUUAGCCGCCUCUCACGAGCUAUAAAUCAGUGUAGCAUCAUAAAUCAGCAGAUUCGCUUCUUUGUUCGCGACCCAUUUCCCAACAAGCUUACCCAUUACCUCCGUCGUGCUGAACUCAUCGACUCAAUUCGACUCGUUCUCCGUUCCAAAUCUUGCAAAUCUCUUCCCGACCUCCUUAACAGUCGCCUUUUGGAUCCUUUCGUUGUCACUCACGCCCUCCGCUCUGCUCCAAAUGCAGAUUCGGCGCUUUUCCUCGUUGAAUCCCUUAAAAGUGUCCCUCAUUUCGCGCAUACUCAAUCUACCAUUCACGCGCUGGCCACAGUUCUAGCUAGAUCCGGUAAGACUUCGGAGCUGAGAUCCCUGAUUGGCGAGAUUAAUGCAGGCAGAUAUGAUAAUGCUCGCGUUAGCUUUAUGAACCUUAUGCAGUGGUAUGCUGCCACUGGAGAUGCAGAGGCAGUUUUAGAUACGUGGGAAGAGUAUAGACGUAGCGAUAAGCGUGUGUGUACUGAGUCUUACAACAUUGUUAUGAGUCUGUACGCUCAAAAUGGCAAGGAUUUGGAAGCUGUGGAGAUUUUUUACAGGAUGAUUGGUGAAGGGGCAAUUCCGAAUUCUAGAACUUACACGGUUAUGAUUGAGCAUCUUAUUAGCUCUGGGCACUUGGAUCCGGCAAUUGAGAUUUUUAGUGUAUUGCCGUUGAUGAGGAUCAAAAGGACUUCAAAACAGUAUUCAGUUUUGGUUAAUGAAUUUGUGGGUGCCCAGAGGUUUGACAAGGUCAAAACUUUGCUUAAUGAAAUGCGGAUUGACGGGAAGUUUCCUGGUUCUGCCAUGCGUACGGCUUUGCUGCAUAUGCAGGAGUCAGGAUUUGCCCAGGAGACAGAGGAGUUGCUUAGAGAAAUGUUUCCUGAUGAGAGAAUAAAGAGUAUAGGCUCUUGUACAGAUGAUGAUGAUGAGGAUGAUGAUGAGGACGUUGACCAUGGAGAUGUUCCCAUUGAUAAUGAGGAAGUUAGGUUAAAACCAUGGUUGGAUCCGAAAGCUUUGGCAAAUGCUUUGAAAGGAUGGAGCCCUGAAGUGGUAUCCACAUUGGAGGGUGCGAACUUUGUGUGGACCACCCGGUUGGUUUGCAAGGUUCUUAGGGACUUUAGUUCGCCUGAAACAGCUUGGAAUUUUUUUUGUUGGGUUGCUUAUCAGCCAGGAUUCACUCAUGAUGUUUAUACUGUUCAAAGGAUUAUUACAUUCUUGGCACGUCAUGGGAAGGCUGAAUUUGUUGAUACCUUGAUAAACAAAAUAAGAUGCGAGGGGAUGGAGUUACCUUUUAGCACCAUCAGAUUGAUCGUAGACUUCUAUGGUGUUUCAAAGAAUGCUGAUGCUGCAUUGAAGGUCUUCAAUGAUGACAGACCACUCUGUGGUUCCAUAACAAAAUUUAAUCUGAUGCUUUUGUAUUCAUCUCUGUUGCGAACAUUGACCAAGUGCAAUAGAAAUUCUGAUGCUAUUGAUGUGCUGGAAGAGAUGAUUUUAAAUCGUAUAUGCCCAGAUAUCCAGACAUUUUCUGGCUUGAUGUAUCACUUUGCAUUGCAGGGAGAUAUUAAAACUGUGCAAAAAUUAUUUACGAUGGUUAGGCAGAGUGGUGUGGAGCCAGAUGCUUAUAUGUUCAAAGUACUGAUCCAGGCUUACUGCAAAUGUGAGAGAGCUGCUCUUGCAUGGAGAGUCUUUGAAGACAUGAGGAACUUGAAUUUGAUGCCUGAUACUGCUACAAGAGAUAUGCUUGUGAAGAGUCUUUGGAAAGAAGGUAAGCGGAAAGAGGCUGCCAUUGUAGAAGAAAGCGGUGAGGAAAACAAUAAGGUUCUUCCUCUUGUUUUACGAGGUCAUAUAUGGACUGUGAGCUCCGCAGAUCUGACAAGAGUGUAUAAUAUUUACUCCAAAAGUUUCCUGUCAAUCACUGGCUAGAAUUUCCCAUCAACUUCAUUGAUCUGCCAGUUCAAAAUGUAUGUUCUCAAUAUCAGCAUAAUUUUAUAAAAAAGGAAGUCGUUUUCUGCUUUUCUGACUUGCAUUUCUUCACUUGUCACCCUGCCUGGUUAUUCACCUCUGGUGUUGGGUUGCGUGAGCAAUCAAGUCGUAAAACUAUACUCUUCAAUUGAUAAUGGAUAAUUUUCUAGGAAAGAAUAAAAUGACCCUAUUAAUCAUGGGUUCCUGUGGUUUAUCAUGUGGUUGACUCGUGAAAAUGCUAGAAAUAAAUUCUAAUCCUUGUUACUUGUGCAGCAAAUAAGGGCACUGCUCUUAUAUUUUGAAGCUAUCUGCCUAUCUCUGUCAACUCCCUAUUUGAAAUAAAUCAGUUGAAGGAAAGAAAUUC